UUACCGCGAUUGUUGUCGAUUUACUUUGUACUCAAUUUGUGACGGUUUUUCGUCUGUGAAAAGUUCGGAAGAAGCGCCCUUGGUAGCGUUUUUUGUUUUUUCUCGCACAAACUGAGGCAGAGGGAUUAACUUUCCCGAAGAAAUCGGCACACUAAGCUUUCAAGAGCUCGUUACCUUCAGGUUUAAGGAUGGGUCAAAGUGAUACAGAAAGCACAUCAUCUUCCAUGAGAGGAAAUCCUGGUUCUCCACGCGACAUUUCUGUUCUCCUAGAUGAACCCAGUGCUGAGAUACCAAACUUUCAUCAUCCGGGACAUCUUUCCCCAUCAGUAUCAACCUCAUCUAGUGACACUAGUGAACCAGAUAGUUCAGUAGUUGUUAUAAACCAGACACCUAAACGCACAGAGAUCCCUGUUAUUGAUCUUACAUCACCAGAUGAAGGUGACGAGGGCUCAGCAAGAACACAGGGAAAUGCAGCAGCUCCUCCUCCAUAUGAGGACUUUGCACAGUUUGCUUCCAAUUUUCGUUGGCGCUUUCAAGGACGUGACUCCCGAGGGCAACGUUUUCCUCUCAAUGAAAGUCGUUUGCGUUCACGUCGGAUUCGAGGCAGGCAUGUCCCUUACACAAAUUUAUUUGAGCGUGGUCCUUCAGGUGGAGGCAGAAAUGAAGGAUUAUUAGCAGAAUUUGCUGACUUUGCACCAAGGCCAGCUCCCUCUGGUGAAAAUAAUACACCUAUUGUUAUCGAUGAUGAGAGACUACCCUUUGCACAACACCAGGUUCCACCAAAUGAUGCACCCAGUUGGUUUCUGUCUGAUAGACAACAUCGCAUGGAGCGAUUCCGUCGCCGACUCAAUGCCUCCCGGCAAUCUACAAGGUGCUAUCUUCAGUCAGAUGAGGCUCUCGCUCACAGAUUACAACAGGCUGAAUAUACACGUGAUGUAGAAGAAAAUGUCCACAAUGCUGGUGAUACAACCCAAGUUCCAAGGGCUAGGAUUGGUGGACUACAUGCAAUACCUCCCACUGUGCACCAGCCACCAGCACCUUCUCUACAGGUACGACGCAGACGUCCAAUCCACUCAACUUUUGCCAGCCAAGCCUUUCCAGAACUGCUUCUGCCAUUUGUGUCUGUUGUGUCAUUUCCUCCCCCACCUCUUCAUCAUUAUGGGGACUCUACCUUGGGGCAUUCAACUGAAGGAGAAGAUUAUGAGGCCUUGUGGAAUCUCAGUGAGAGGAUAGGACUAGCUAAGGCUCGAGGGCUCAGCAAAGAAGUAAUUGAUAAUAUUCCAAGUUUCCGCUACAGUGCAAGUUCACGAGAUUCUUCCAAUGGAAACUGUGUGGUGUGUAUGAGCGAUUACAGCAAGAGUGAAAAGUUACGACGUCUACCUUGUAAUCACGAUUUCCAUGCUAAAUGUAUUGAUCGCUGGCUGAAGAAUAAUCGAACCUGUCCUGUGUGCCGAGAAGAGGUCAUGGAAUCUUGAUCUUAGCCUAACUUUUUAGUCAAGCUCCAAUUAUCCCUUACGGUGAUUAUAGAAAUUUUGCUGUUGAAAUUGAUAUAUACAUACAUAUAUCUCUAUAUAUUGAUUAUUAUAUUGUUGUGAUUCUAUGUUCUUGACAUUUGUAAUGUUUUGCAAACUCUUGUGAAGUCUGUUGAGAAGAGAGAGAGAAAAUUCAUGACAUGGUUUAGAAACCAUUCCAACUUAUCACUAGUUCUUACAUUGGAUUGCUAAAAUAUCUCUAAAAUUAUUGAAAUAAUUGUAUGCUGGAAGAAGUAACAGUAAUUUUGCUCCCCUGUGUGAGUAAGUUCCAUUAGGCAUUUGUGUAUCAAAUGUAGUUUCCUUGAGGGUCGUCUUGAAUAAGAGAGUCAGUGUGGCAUGUACAGAUCUAGGUACUUUCUUACUGUACCUACAGACUUUCCUCUUUCAGUUUUGUUGCUUGUUGAACAUAACUACAAUCCAUCCUAUGGGAGGGCCAUGUCAACAAAUGUGUGGCAGUGUAUUUCACAUCCAGCAAAAUAAUUUUACAAUUAAUUGUAUUCACACUUUCAGGAUGUUGUGGGAGUAUUUUUGUUGGCACUAUCAGAUGUAAUGAGUAUAAUUCGAAUAUUGCACCUUCAACACUUUUCCAGUAUUAUUUUUGAAAUUAAGGACCUUGUCUACUUUUUCCACACACUGAGCUGCACAUUUAGCAUUCCAAGACUGAAGAAUGAGUUUGGAUGACUCGUUAAGGAGAUAUCUUCAAAAUUGUAUUGUUAUGAAAAUAAAUAUUCCUAUAUUUGCAUUGGUAAGCUUAGAAAUGCUUUGUAGCAUUGCUCUGAACUCAGAAAAGUUACCACAGCUCACUUGUACGAUAGUUAAUCAUGUAAAGGCCCAUAGUGAAAUUUGUACAUAAUAUUUAAAGAGGCUAGUGUAUGUUGACCAAUUGCUUAUAUCAUAUACCAAGGCGCUGUCAUAGCAUUAAACACAUUUAUACAGCUUUGA